AUGAGAUUCCAGACGAUCGUUGUUGCUCUUUUCAGCGUCAUGAGCCUGUCACAAGCUGCUCCUGUACCUCAAUCCGUCCCAGCCAAGGACAAUAGUGGUGGUAGAUUUGUGUUGGACGGCGCCCAAUGCAGCCCUGUUCAAGGCCGCCUCGUCUGUGACGAUGGUCUGGGAAACACCUUCUUCGCCGAUGAUCCGUUCUCUUCCUAG